CUUGAGGUCAAAUUACAAAAAUUGCAAAAAAGUACAUUUUUGUUGGUCUCUCCAGAAUUUUCAACUCCUAGAUCGUCCAUUCAGUUCGAUCUUCCAUAAAAUUUAGUUUUUAAAAUUACAACAAAACUCAAUAAACUAUUUAAUAUGGCUGCCAAAUAUAAGAUUGUUAUGGUCCGUCACGGUGAAUCCGAAUGGAAUCAAAAGAAUCUUUUCUGCGGUUGGUUCGAUGCCAAUUUAAGUGAAAAGGGUCAACAAGAAGCUGUUGCCGCUGGCAAAGCUGUCAAAGAAGCUGGACUCAAAUUCGAUGUUGCUCACACUUCGGUCCUUACCCGUGCUCAGGUAACUUUGAACAACAUCCUCAAGGAAUCAGGUCAAACUGGAAUCCCCAUCAACAAGACAUGGCGAUUGAACGAACGUCAUUACGGUGGUUUGACCGGAUUAAACAAAUCCGAAACUGCCGCCAAAUACGGCGAAGAUCAGGUGCAAAUCUGGAGACGUAGCUUUGACACUCCACCUCCACCAAUGGAACCCGGCCAUGCUUACUACGAUACCAUUGUCAAGGAUCCACGUUAUGCCGAAGGUCCAAAGGGAGACGAGUUCCCAAUGUUUGAGUCGUUGAAGCUCACCAUUGCCCGAACUCUGCCCUAUUGGAACGACGUUAUCAUUCCACAAUUGAAAGAAGGCAAAUUGAUUAUUAUUGCUGCCCAUGGCAAUAGCUUGCGAGGAAUUGUCAAACAUUUGGAUAAUUUGUCGGAUGAUGCCAUUAUGGCACUUAACCUGCCCACCGGUAUUCCAUUCGUUUAUGAAUUGGAUGAAAACUUUAAGCCAGUUGUUUCAAUGAAAUUCUUGGGCGAUGAAGAGACAGUUAAGAAGGCUAUCGAAUCUGUUGCCGCUCAAGGCAAAGCUAAGUAAACUAAAACAAAGACCAAACAAAAGCAUUAAAAAAUAAAUCAUAAGAAGACAAAUUUGGCUAAAAUAUAGAAAAAAAAAAAAACUAGAUUCAGGUAUAGCAGGCUAUAUUUGUUUAUUAUAUUGUAUGAAAUUGCCGUUAAUUGCAAAUUGUUGUUUUAAAAAUUACAUUUGAUGUUUUUUAAGUAAAAAUAAAAAGAACAAUUAAAUUAUUUAUUCGUAAAUGUAAAAAUUUAAA